AUGGUGAGUCAUUACAUACAUGAAGAUGUGAUGGUUGGGAUUCUUGUAAAAUUGCCUGUCAAAUCUUUGUUGCGAUUUAAGUGCGUCUUCAAAUUUUGGUCCUCUCUCAUUACAAAUCCCAGUUUCAUAGCCAAGUAUCUCACUAACAGUAACAAGGAGGAAAAUGGUUGCCUCUUGGUUCACAACGUUGAUUACAAUGACAAAAAAUAUACCUUUGCUGUGUGUAGGGAUAAAACCCUUACAGUUCCAGUAUUUGAAUAUCUCGGUCUAAAGUUGAAUGUUGAAGCACGAGUUAUGGGUCCUUGUAAAGGCAUUUUUUGUCUCCUAAUCAAUGCCGUUUCUAUAGCGUUGUGGAAUUCGGCAAACAGAGAAUUCAGAGCUCUUCCAAGACAAACAUACCCCGAAACCAUUCCUCCAAGAAUGGAACUCGAGAAUAAUGCUUUUGGGUUUGGGAUGGAUCCUUUCACUGAUGAUUAUAAAGUGGUCUCGAUUAGGAUGUACUGGGAUAGCACCCUUGAUGAUCCGUAUAAUUUUACUCCUCCAACAUGUUACCUUAAACAUAUUGCUAUAUAUUCGUUGCGUGAUGAUUCUUGGAGAGAUUUCAAGGGUUUUUUUCUUGAAUGUUUUGUGUUUUCUUCUUUUGAGUUCUACACUUACAUGGAUGGAAUUUACUACUGGUGUGCAUAUGACAAAAAUGGGCAUUCUAUGAAACUCUCAUUUCAUAUGGGCUAUGAGGUGUUUCAGAAGAUAUUGGAGCAGGAUGAACAUACUAGACCAUUGCCAUUCCAAGGGAUACCAGAGCUAGGUUGCCCUCACCCAGGAACUAAUCUCGUCGAACAUUAUUUUGGGGUCUACAAAGGCUGUCUUGCUUGGAUACAAUGUUAUCCAAGAAGAGCAAUUCCAUUUGGAUUUUGGAAGAAUGGUGAAAUCCUCCUUCAAGUUGUGGAUGGGAAUUUGGUCUUAGCAGACCCUAUUACCCUUGAGAUGAAGGAGCUGGAACUGUGGCUUUUCAGGCUUUUAUUUACCAUGGGAGCCUGCAUGUUUCAUUCUUUGGAGUGUGUGGGGUAUGGAUUGGAUUUGUCCUCAUUCUUUGGAGUCGUUUUUCUCUUGGUGGUCAAGAUUUCGGUUCAGAAAUCUGAAGAAAAUCAUUUGGUUGGCUCUGUUCCCAUGCGUAUGUUGGAAUUUAUGGCUAGCAAGGAACUCUCUGAUAUUCAGUGGCAUCCAACCUAA